GCCACCGAGCAAGCAACCAUGACCUCUCGGCUUCUCAUUGUAUAGCAGACAACUAUCAAUAAGUGCUUCAUUCGAGAGGAAGUCAAGAUUGAGAAUGACGGUGGCUAAGUUGGUAUCGGAGCCAACCCGCGCGCGGGAGACGUUCAGGCAUCACCCGUCACUCGAGACCGAGGUCAGGUAUAACGAUGGCCUGCAGCCACUGCCUAGUGCCCAGUUGAUGACUUCGCCUGACCCUGUCUUGACGGCUCUGGCACAGCUGGGAGCUUGCCAACUGAAGACAGCACGCGCCUUAAUCUCACUCUUCGAUCAGGAUUAUCAGUACGUGGUUGCCGAAGCGACACCAACUCUGCCCCUGAAGCCAAGUCUCGGAUAUGAAGACCAUAGAGAACAUCUUUGGCUGUGUGGCACUGCCAUCCCGCGCCGCUAUGCAGUUUGCGAGCACACCCUUUGCGUCGAUGAUUCGACCAAGUCCCAAGAAGGUCGGGAUCCCACCGAGUUGCCUCCUGUCACUCUGAUAUCCGACCUGAUGGCCGACCCGCGCUUCUCUUCGAAGCCGUACUGUCAGCCCGGCAACCCUGCACGGUUCUAUGCCGGCGUCCCUAUCCGCACACGCCGUGGUAUCAACAUUGGCGUCUUCUGCGUCGUUGACCCUGAGCCCGGGGAUCCGAGCCGGUGGGAUGAAGGGUCAAUGUCUACCGCGACAGCGCUUCUGCGGGGCAUAUCCCUAACCAUCACACGACACCUAGAGGCGGCAAGGUCAGAGAUGGUUGGCCGUCGUAAUGAGCGCAUGGCUAGAGGCCUCGGGUCUUUCAUCGAGGGCAAGUCCACCAUGUCAGGCUGGCGGACCAAUCUAAGCGUGGAAUCCUUCGAGGACAAAUCCGGCAACGAAGGAGCCCUGAAUGCAAACCAGCAGGCUAUCCAGCUAAAGGAUGAACAAGAUUUAGUUCACGGACAGCCGUGUCCACCAUUUUCAGGGGCCGAUCGCCUAAGUAAAAGCGACAGAGGACCAACCAAGCCGAAGUCGCGUGAAAAGGCCUCCAAACCAGCGCCUACAGUGGACAGCAUCUUCUCCAGAGCCGCAAACGUCAUCCGCGAAUCCAUCGAGGUAGAGGGAGUCGUCUUCCUCGACGCGACCGUGAGCUCCUUUGGGGGACUCAGCGCCAAAGUCGACUUGGAUGGGCCGGGACAGUCGCACGCACAGGGGCAAGCUUUGUCCAGCAGCGACGAAACGGGCAUGAGCGACGUGUCGCUGGAUAAAGCUUCCGGGCCUCCUUGUCGUGUGAUUGGGUUUUCGACCUCGACCACGUCCAGCAUUGACGGCGCCAAGUAUCCUGCCCGGCGUACCGUGUUGCCGGAGAAGUUUCUCGCUAAGCUGUUGCAGCGGUAUCCGGCGGGAAAGAUUUUCAACUUUGACCAGAACGGGGCGUUGCAAUCCAGUGAUUCGUCUGAGGAUAACACCUCGCCGACGGCGUCAUCCUCCCAUGCGGAAAAACCGCCCUUCGUCGGCGGCGAGCUGGACGCCGGACUCGGAGGGCGCUCGAAACGUCGCAAGAACCCGUUUGCAAGGCAGCAUGAGGGCAGCAUCAUCCUCAAAUCUUUCCCCACUGCGCGGAGUGUCGCAUUUGUUCCUGUCUGGAACUCGAGGAAGGAGAGGUGGCUGGCUGGCGGCUUUGUCUACACGGGCACGCCGACGCGCAUCUUUACGCCCGAAGGAGAGUUGAGCUACCUCCGUGCUCUGGGGAUGCUCGCCAUGGCCGAGACUCUGCGCCAAGAGACGGCAGCCGCCGACAAGGCCAAGUCGGAUAUCUUGAGCUCCUUGUCGCACGAGCUGCGGUCUCCCCUCCAUGGCGUGGUGCUUGGGGUCGAGAUGCUUCAUGACACGGAGCUCGAUGUGUUUCAGGGGAACCUGUUGCAUACCCUCGAGACAUGCAGCCGCACUCUCGUCGACACGAUCGACCAUCUCCUCGACUAUUCCAAGAUUAACAAUUACACCACUCUUUCGAAAAGGCAGAGGACCAUGCCCUCUCGCGGGCUAAACCAGGAGAGGUUGGCCUCCAUCGAAGAUGGGAUGAAGAGUCUCUACUCGGAGGUCAAGCUCGAUGUCCUGUGUGAAGAAGUGCUUGAAAGCGUCUUUGCUGGCUUCUCAUUCCAACGCAUGUCCAUAGCCCAGCUCGCCAAGCAGAGACCGACAGAUUUCGUUGAUGUUCAUGCAAACCGGCAUCUGGAUCGGGCUCAGGCCAUUGAGGAGCUCGGCCCUCUUUUCAGGGACCGUGAUCAAUCCCUCGGGUCCAGCCUCGACAAGGUCUUGGUACAUCUCGAUGUCGAUCCCGCUUGUUCUUGGACUUUCCGCACCCAACCCGGCGCCAUUCGACGGAUUAUCAUGAAUCUCUUUGGGAAUUCCCUCAAAUACACCCAGCAGGGAGCUAUACGACUGUCGGUCAGGCAGGAAACCCCAAAAAAGCGGCUCCCCGGGAAAGCGCAGAUGGUCAAGCUCAAGAUUAUCGACACCGGCAAGGGAAUUACCGAAGACUACCUUCGGAACGAGCUAUUCACCCCGUUCUCGCAGGAAGACCGCCUUGCACCGGGAACGGGCCUCGGUCUGAGUCUCGUCAAGCAGAUCGUGUCCCAGCUGAGGGGCACCGUCUCAGUUGAGAGCCGUGUGGGAGCCGGAACCACCGUCUCGAUCUCGUUGCCGAUGGAGCCAGUAAAACAGGUGCCCGAAGUCAACCACACUAGCCCCCUUUCUGCUGAGAACCAAGCGAUUGAGCAGACUUUUGAGGAACAGGUGUUGGCCCUCAAGGGACUUCGCAUCCGCCUUCUUGGGUUUGACAGGGACGUCAUCCAGGACCAAAGUUCACGAACGGGCGGCGCCCACUGCAGCAGCGCUGUCUUGAUGGAAAACAUCUGUCGUGGUUGGCUGCAAAUGGAGGUGAUAUCAGAGACGGCAACUGCGCGGCUCGCGCCCGACCUGAUACUUUGCACCGAAAGUGCCAUAUACGAAGUCUAUGGCAGAGACACAAGACUCCCAACGACAGUUCCAACUGUCGUGGUCUGUCCAAAUGCGCUUGUGGCGCGUCACUUGUCCACCUCGGCGCAGUUCCUAGAGUCACGUGGAACGUUUGAGUUCAUAUCCCAACCCACUGGGCCGCGUAAAUUGGCCAAGAUUUUGCUGUCUGCAUUGAAGCGUCUAGAGUCGACUCCCCCGCCUCGCCUCGCCUCGCCGGAUCCCGUUGGCGCUCCAACGACUGAACCAGCAACCCCUCCCGCUUCGGAACCAGUACAUGUACGGCCAAAGCCGGCACGGAAUUUCAGUUCUUGCUCGACAGUCACUGCUUCCGGGCCAGGGCCAGAGCCAGAGCCAGAGUCGGACGCGGUGUUCCUUCUUGUGGACGACAACCACAUCAAUCUGAAGAUCCUGACCUCGUACAUGAAAAAGCUUGGGCGGCCUUAUGUCACGGCGACCAAUGGCCAGGAGGCCGUCGACACGUACCGUCAGAGCCCGGCGCGCUGCAAGUGUAUUUUCAUGGACAUUUCGAUGCCGGUCAUGGAUGGCUUCGAGGCAACGCGGCACAUCCGCGCGCAUGAAAGCGAACAUGACCUGAGACCGGCCUUAAUUUUUGCCCUGACGGGGCUCGCUUCGACCGACGCGCAGCAGGAAGCUUUUAGAAGCGGCAUCGACCUUUUCUUGACUAAACCGGUCAAACUGAAGGAGAUUGGAGCACUUUUGGGUUCCCGGGGGCUGCUGUGAGUUGCAAGCUCUGCAAAGGUGAUGGUUUGGUUGGUAACCUCAACACCACUUCGCCCCGUCUCCAAGUUGUGAGUUCAAAGCUGAGGAGAGGCGAGGUAGAUGGAAGGUUGCCGUGCCGAAUUGAACACAAUUAGAGACGAGUUACUGCGCCGGUAAGGACCCGAGGCUCCUUUGCU